AUGGAGCCGUUUCAAGUGCGUCUAAACUGUGUGGACCAUUAUCAAGCAAACCCAACGGAAUUUGACCCUCCUCUGCCUUUUACGGAUGACGCGAGUGAGAAAUCCUAUAGGCCUAAAGUUCCGGUGAUUCGGAUAUUCGGCACUACGGAGACUGGUCAAAAGGUUUGCGUUCAUGUGCAUGGUGCCUUUCCAUAUCUCUAUGUUCAGUAUGAUGGGGACCUUGAUCCUGAGGCAGUGCGCUCGGCCGCAAGAAGCCUACACAUUUCUGCCGACCAUGCUUUGGCGCUUAGCUAUCGGCGGAAUGCAUACGACAAGAAGGCGGCCUUUGUUGCGCAUAUCACCCUGGUCAAAGGUGUCCCAUUCUAUGGCUACCACGUGGGCUUCCGGUUCUUUUUCAAGAUUUACCUUUUGAAUCCCAUCUAUAUCACUAGACUGGCGGACCUGCUUCUCCAAGGAGCUGUAAUGAAACGCCCAAUUCAACCGUUCGAAAGCCACCUGCAAUACGUUCCGCAAUGGAUGUGCGAUUACAGUUUGUAUGGUUGCGCCUUCAUGAAGUGCAGCAAGGUUAGAUUUCGCUCUUCCAUACCGGAGUAUCUAGAUCUGCCUGAUUUGACCUCUCGUUGGCAUGAUCGUUCCAUACCAUCUGGCUGGAUAACCGACGAAAGCAUAUUGCCCAAGCAAAGCCAUUGUUCUUUGGAAGCAGAUGUGUGCGUUCAAGAUAUCCUUAAUAGAUUGGAAAUCAGCCAACGUUCCAUCCACCAGGACUUUGGUGAGCUCCUGGGGCCCGUGUCCUCAAACGAAAAACUUGUGCCAAGUCUAGCAGGGCUAUGGCAGGACGAGAAGCAGCGAAGGAAGAAGCGCCUUGGACUUGUCGAUCCCGAGAGCAGCCCAUUUAGUGACGAAGAUUUGGUCUCAUUGUCGGCUAACCCAGGGAAUACUUCUCAAGGAGAGUGGAUCCAUGGGGAUGAGUUGAAACGCCUGGUUCAUCAAAUCAUCGUUGAAGAGAGAAAGCAGGACUAUGACCGGGACGUCACGCUGAAUGGGCUUGUUCAGGAAACUCCCCUCGCCAAGGAUAUCAAAUCUGCACUCGAGAGCGUCGAGGAUUUUUAUCCGGGCGCAGACGGGUUUGCUAACCUGCAACUGUCCUACAACGCUGGGAGUGAUCAAACAGGGGAGCGGGGAGAGGAUUUGGUGGAUGAAAAUGCCGUUCGACCAACCGAUUCAGACUGGGACUCUUAUUUUUCUGAUAAUGACAGUAUGGUCGACAUAUUAUCUGAGGAAGAGGACUAUUUGGAUGAAAUGAUCAUGGUAGGCGACGACAUGCCUCAGGAUGAAAUUUCUGAUGCAGAAUAUCUCGACACACCUUGCACAAUUAGUCCGCCUUCAGAACAAAGCAACUUGCGUGGCUCGAAUACGCUGGACACUGUUGUGGACGUGGGCGAUUCGGAUUCAAGGAAUGCUCACAAGUCUCGGAAACAAGUACAAGUGCCCGCCGCAGCUUCCACUCAUGAUGAUGGACAUUUGCUCAAGACAGAUACUAGUGGCUCUCGAGACCGAGAUGACCCUAUCCAGCGCAAACGGCGCAACGAAACCGCGAUAGGCAAUGUCCUGUCAACUUCUGCUGCUGUGCGAAUGUCUUUGCAGACGAAAGCCCUAUCCUCUCAACACACAAUCCGUCCUAGAGGAAUUGGCCAAAACAGGAUAUUGAAUUUUCCUGUCGUCAAAGACCCCAACGAUCCUAUGACGAUAUUGCGGUUUAGCCAGGAAGCAUCGGGUUCGAAAGCUCUGCCUGAAGAUAUAGGACCGCGAACAAGCUACACCCAGAAAGGCGAGAGCACAUCACAGUUGUCUACUUCUUCUUCUACCGUCAAGAACUUUGAUUCAGCAGAUAUCAGCGCGUCUGAAUUCUCCGUCCUUGUGUCCGAUGCAUUCAACAUUCCUCAAAGCACUCGUCUAGGUUGCUUGCGCCGACCCUGUCCUAGCUCUAAUGAGGUAUCUUCAACGCUGUCUAAUUACGGAUAUCCCACCAUCGUCUACCAAAAGCCUCACUAUAGCUGCGACGAUGAUGUGCCCGAACGUCCACGCGACUACGCAGGAAAGGAAUUUCGACUCGAAGGAAUAGGGAUACAUCAUCUCCCCAAAUUCGAUCCGUUGGGCCGCUCACACGCACUGCGGGAUGAAACCUCAGCGUCCAGUAGUAAAAGUGACUGGCAAGAGUUGGACAAACAGCUGCGGGCGGCAUCCACAUCCAGGUUCUGGGAAUUCGCUCCCGUACCACCUAGCCGUGCUGAGGUGGUCGCUUGGGUUGAGACCCAGGAACGUGAACUCGCGAACCAAAAGGCCAAGUCAGAAAAGCAACGUGAAGAGAGAGAGGCGAGGUUAAAAGCGCUCUCACAAAUUGAGGGGCCAACACAGAACAAUGAGUACGGCUUCAAAUAUUCGCAGAAUCAGAAAUCGACAAAUGUUGAGCAUCAGGCACAAUACAUGAGCACCAUGAGCUUAGAGCUUCAUGUAAACACACGUGGACAACUUUCACCAAACCCAGAGGAAGACGAAAUAGUGUCUUUCUUCUGGUGCGUCGGCUCAGGAGAUGAUGAUGCUGAAGACGAUCCAUCAUGCUCUCAGGCGGGAGUUGUUUUUCAGGGAGAGGGAGAGCGGCCUGAAUUGAAGGUAUCCAAAGCGUUGAGUAUUGCUUGGGAACAUGAGCCAACGGAAUUGGACCUAAUCAACAGGCUAGUUGACCUUGUCCGAUUUUACGACCCAGAUAUCAUCACCGGGUACGAGGUUCACAAUGCCUCUUGGGGAUACGUGAUUGAAAGAGCAAGAAACAAGUAUGAAUUCGAUCUUUGCGACGAACUUUCUCGAGUAAAGUCGCAGGCACAUGGAAGAUUUGGCAUGGAGGCUGAUAAAUGGGGCUUCAACCACACCUCGUCAAUCCGAAUUACCGGCCGGCACAUGGUCAACAUCUGGCGUGCCAUGAGGAGCGAGAUGAACUUGUUGCAAUACACAAUGGAAAACGUUGUAUUCCACCUCCUGCACCGCAGGAUUCCACAUUACUCGUUCCGCGAUCUUACCGCAUGGUAUCAGAGUGAUAGGCCCCGAGACUUUAUGAAAGUGGUCAAUUAUUUUAUCUCACGCGUCAAACUCAACAUUGAGAUUCUAGACGCAAACGAGUUGAUCCCGAGGACCAGUGAGCAGGCCAGAUUGCUCGGGAUUGAUUUCUACUCCGUAUUCUCUCGAGGAUCUCAGUUCAAGGUCGAGUCCUUGAUGUUUCGCAUUGCGAAACCCGAAAACUUUAUGCUUGUUUCCCCAAGUAGGAAACAAGUCGGUCAGCAGAAUGCUCUCGAAUGCCUCCCGUUGGUUAUGGAACCCCAAAGCGACUUUUACACAAGUCCUCUCUUGGUUUUGGACUUUCAGUCCUUAUAUCCUAGUAUCAUGAUCGCUUAUAACUAUUGUUACUCGACGUUUCUCGGGAGAGUCCAUUCCUGGAGAGGACGGAACAAAAUGGGCUUUACAGACUACAAUCGACAACCGAGGGUUUUGGAGUUGCUACAAGACCAGAUCAAUGUUGCCCCAAACGGCAUGAUUUAUGCAAAGCCUGCCGUGCGCAAAUCCCUGCUCGCCAAAAUGCUUGCCGAGAUACUAGAGACUCGCGUCAUGGUGAAGACUGGCAUGAAGUUGGACAAGGACGACAAGGCACUGCAACGCCUUCUCAACAAUCGACAACUUGCGCUCAAGCUGAUCGCAAACGUUACAUACGGGUACACCUCAGCAUCAUUCUCAGGGAGGAUGCCUUGCUCUGAGAUAGCAGAUAGCAUCGUCCAAUCAGGUCGCGAGACACUUGAAAGAGCGAUUGCUUUCAUUCACUCGGUUGAGAGAUGGGGCGCCGAAGUAGUGUAUGGAGAUACAGACAGUCUGUUUGUGUACCUCAAAGGACGGAGUCGAGAAGAGGCUUUUGACAUCGGAGAAGAAAUUGCGCGAGCUGUCACAGACAUGAACCCACACCCUGUGAAACUCAAGUUCGAGAAGGUUUAUCAUCCAUGCGUUUUACUUGCCAAGAAGCGUUAUGUCGGUUUCAAGUACGAACAUAGAGAUCAGAGGGAACCCGAAUUCGACGCCAAAGGUAUCGAGACCGUCCGGCGCGACGGUACACCAGCCGAGCAAAAGAUUGAGGAGAAAGCACUCAAGCUUCUUUUCAGGACAGCGGAUCUGAGCCAGGUCAAAAGUUACUUUCAAAGCCAGUGCACAAGGAUCAUGCAGGGACGUGUCUCCGUACAAGAUUUUUGCUUUGCCAGGGCAGUGAAGCUGGGAACAUAUAGCGAAAAAGGAACACUCCCUGCAGGUGCUCUCAUCAGUACCAAGAAAAUGCUUGAGGACCCGCGUGCGGAACCUCAAUAUGGCGAACGUGUUCCCUAUGUCGUGGUUACUGGAGCCCCAGGGUCAAGACUGAUCGAUCGUUGUGUGACCCCCGAGACCCUCCUCCAAGACGCCCAGCUCGAUCUCGACGCAGAGUACUACAUCACCAAAAAUUUGAUACCCCCAUUAGAGCGCAUCUUCAAUCUGGUAGGGGCAAACGUCCGCCAAUGGUACGACGAGAUGCCAAAAUUCCACCGUGUCCGCCGGGUGGAUGGAGCGGCCGUCGCCAUCGCUGGAGGAAAGAGCAACAACCCUUCAAAGACCCUAGAGUCAUACAUGAAGUCGUCUACCUGCAUCGUUUGCAAGGUUAAGCUCGAAGAUUCUGAAGUUCCACUCUGCGUAGAUUGCAUGCAGCAUUCGCACACCUCAUUGCUAGACAUCGUCGCACGUCAGCGGCAAGCUGAGCAGAGAGUCGCCAACCUCGAGCGUGUCUGCCGAUCCUGCAUGGAUAUUCCAUUCGGGGACGACGUCAAGUGUGACAGCUUGGACUGUCCCGUGUUUUAUGCAAGAACUCGAAGUUCUUCCCAUUGGAGACAUACAAAUGCGGUUCUGGGCCCUGUGAUCGGUCUAUUGCAGGAUAAUUGUGGGGAUAGCUUGGAGUGGUAG